AUGGGCACUGUGGACUACCGCGACGGCAUCGCCAUCAUCCAGCUCAUAGUAUUUCCUGUGCUAUUCGUCAUAGGAAUACUCAUAUGGAAACGAAUUGGAUGGAGAGCUGGAGGGAAGAGCUGGCGAUUUGUAGUCACGCUCGCCCUCCUACGAAUAAUCGGUAGCAUCUGUACGCUGGUGACAAUCAACAAUACCUCGGAGAGGAUCUACAUCGCGGCGAUCGUUUGUGAGCUGAUCGGGGUUGCACCUCUGCUGCUGACCUAUAUCGGACUUCUGGGACAAAUCGAUACCGAGCAAAAUAUUAAUCCCCGGCUCCUCAGACUGGUGACCCUCGCCGGCUUCCUAGGCCUCAUCCUCGGUAUCGUGGGAGUCAGCAUCCUCGAUGACAAAAGUUCCUUCCACCCAAAUAGCGAAAUCAAGGCGGCCAUGGGCAUAUUCUUGGCCGUAUUUGUUAUCAUGAGCGCGCUGGCGGUUUGGCUGGGCUUCCAACUUUGGUUCUCAAUCAAGGUGUGGCAAAAGAAGUUGUUCUUUGCUAUCAUUCUUUCGUGGCCGUUCCUGUUAGUCCGGCUGGUCUACUCAGCGAUAGGCGAUUAUAGCACCAACCAUAAUUUUACCCCCGGAGGAGGCAACGACACUAUCUACUUGUGCAUGAGUGUGCUUGAGGAGAUCGUUGCUAUGGCUCUCUGUGUGGGAUUUGGGAUGUCGGCUAUGGUCGACAAAAAACAUGAAGAGGUCGCUCUAGGUGAGACGAUGGCUGACCCGAAGACUGCUCAAGUAUAA